CAUGUCUCGACAACGUGUUUAUGCAAUGUUUCAUUGAGUGUGUCCGCGAUGACUGGUCUAAACAUAUUCCUCCACUCAAUGCUCACCAGCUCAUUCUAGAUGUUAAUGUUGGGGCUAUAUUGAACUUUGAGGAGCAGGAGCAACAUAGUAAGUCUCCUCGUCCAUUUGACCCUUCAGUUUUGGAGAGUUACCUAUUGAAGACACUGCCUUCUUUCAAGCAGCUGGAUGACUACAAAUCAAUAAUGGUACCCAUGCUACGAUCUGGACAUUGGACAUUGUAUGUUGUUAAUCUUCAGAUUGGACGCAUACAUGUGUUAGAUUCCAACCCUUAUGGACCAGAGAUGGGUGGGACUAUCUGGAAAAAUUACCAUUGUAUACCUAUGGAUUUGGGUGAUAGGAAGGUUUCAUGGGCCAGGUUAAUGAUGAGUAGGCUCAAUCUAGCUAUUCAAAAUGCUCGACCAAGAUCAGAUCUCCCUGCUUUUUUGAAGUACCCUAUUGAACUCAUGAAUAACUGCCCAACAAUGAAAUUGGGGUCUAAUGAUUGUGGAUUCUUUGUCAUGAGAUAUAUGCAGAACUACGACUACAUUGUUGGAGCUAUGAAUGCAGUCAUUGAUCCGGAUUAUUCAGAGGACAUUCGCUCUCUUGUACUGCAUUACCUAAUAUUCCAUCGACUAAAUAGAAACAGCUUCGUGGUCUCCCACCUGGACAGAUUCAAGUUCUCUCAGUAGUAGCCUAGUAUAGUUUACUAUCUUAAUAUUAGUAUGAACAUCAUGGUCUGAUGGCUUUUGGUGGCUUCAAGUUAUCUCAGUUCUAGCUUAGUUUAGGGUAGUGUCACUGAAUGGUGUUCAUGUAAAUAUUGGUCUGUUGGCU